AAAAUUCACCCAGUGUAUGCACUUGUGCAUAUUCCAAUCCUAGUGGAAAAUACAUAAACCCGUCUAAACAAGUAUUCAAAGAAAACUUUCAAGGAACCAAGAUGCGAUUCUUAAAAACUGUAUUAAUUUUGCAGGUUGUUACGCUCAUAAUUUCCUUAUUUCUUAAUGUUGACGGUUGGUUGUUUUGGGGUAAAAAGGGAAACAACAAUGAUUGUACUAAACUAGAUGGUGCUUAUCCGUAUUAUUUUGGCACGACUGAUCUCUCUUGCGUAAUAAUACAAAGUCUGAAAAGGGGAAAACGUAGUGCUCCUGCAAGAGGAACUUUGGAUUUGUCCCACCGCUUCAUAGAAUACAGAGGAAACUACUAUGAUCUUUUAUCUAACUCCAAAGUGGCAAUCUCUAAAUCACGAUUAUGGGGAGAUUCAUGUAGCGGGAGUAAGGAAGCCUCCCCAGCUGGGUACAGCGAACUCAGUUCAGAGUGCAUAGAAGGUUGUGCUAAAAAUUACAAAUGUAAGUAUGGAAGUUACAACCUGUUAACCAACAACUGCCAUCACCUCGCUAACCGGUUGUCUGAGGUUUUAUGUAGAAGAGGUACAACCUGCCCUGCAUGGUGCGAAGGAAGCUGUAACGAUGCAGUGUACAUUUAGUGAUGCAUGAAAUUUUCAUGUGGAAUCACGUUGGGCGCCACCUUUUGGUGUUUUCAAAUGCUUCAUAGAUAAACAAUUAAAUAAGAAUUAAUUAUUUAAUUAAAAAACCACUUCCAUCUCCUAUACUCCCGAUUUGAAUUGUGCCUAAAAUAAAAACCUUUAAUAGUGUAAAUAUCUAUCUAAACUUUUCAUAUUAUACAAUUAUGAUGCACAAGUUUAAUUACAACAACUUUAUAUUUUUAAAAAUCUAUAUGUCUAAUUUCGUGAAAUUCAUGCAUGAUAGAGAAUGUGACUGCAUUUAGUUGAAAUCACUUGUAAAAAUAUAUUGCUUUGUGUAAUAAAUUAUAUAUUUUUA